CUACCGUUGUCUACGUUCUCGGAACAGCUGCCAGUAUCACCACCACCCAAGUGCAACGUUUGAAUUCAACGCCAACCCUUCAAUUUUCCGGCUAAAUUCCGCCGGAAUCAACCCAUAUUCCCACAUUAAAACUUCUCAUGCUUCCCAUUUCCGACAAACCCUCAUCAGAACCCACUGCAAAACCCAAAACCCCAGUCUUAGACCGCAAAAACUCCUUCAACACCCUCCUCAAACCCUAUCUCUCUCGCUCAUGGCUCUUCAUCUCCAUCUUCCUCCUCCAGAUCCUCCUCCUCUUUAUGGCCCGCUCUCUCCCAAAUUCAUCCACCUCCAUCUCCACCCAGCACCAACAUUUCGCCUCCCCCAUUGCCCCUUCUCCCUCCUCCUCUCCGAUCAAAACCCACUGUACAUUUGGUAAAGUCUUUAUUUACGAUCUCCCACCCAUGUUCAAUUAUGAAUUGGUUCAAAACUGUGACGAUCUAAACCCUUGGACCUCUCGUUGCGAAGCUCUCUCAAAUCAUGGCUAUGGCCGUAGAGCCACUGGGCUUUCCGAGAUCAUCCCAGAAAAUCUCACCAAUGCAUGGUACUGGACGGACCAGUUUGCUUUAGAGCUUAUCUUCCACAAUAGGAUGAAGAAUUACAGGUGCAGAACCCUAGAGCCAGAAUCUGCUACGGCGUUCUACAUUCCUUUUUACGCUGGACUUGCCGUUGGGAAAUACUUAUGGUCCGAUAAUUCCACGGGGAAAGACCGUGAUCGGCACUGCGAGAUGAUGCUAAAGUGGGUCCAGAAUCAACCGUACUGGAACAGAUCCAAUGGUUGGGAUCAUUUUAUCUCGAUGGGUCGUAUCACAUGGGAUUUUCGCCGAUCGAAAGAUCGAGAUUGGGGUUCGCGUUGUAUCUACUUGCCGGGAAUGCGUAACAUCACCCGCCUUCUGAUUGAGCGGAAUUCUUGGGACUAUUUUGAUAUUGGUGUACCAUAUCCCAGUGGAUUCCACCCUAGCUCUUCCUCUGACGUCAAACAGUGGCAACAUUUCGUCCGUACACGUCACCGCAAGACACUCUACUGCUUCGCGGGUGCGACACGUGGAUUUAUCAAGAACGAUUUUAGAGGUUUGUUACUGAGUCAAUGUUUCAGUGAGUCUGACUCGUGCCGAGUCGUCGACUGUGGCGGGUCCAAAUGCUCCAACGGUACGUCGGCGAUUCUCGAGACGUUUCUCGACUCGGAUUUUUGCUUACAGCCAAGAGGUGAUAGCUUUACUCGCCGGUCCAUUUUCGAUUGCAUGGUUGCCGGUUCGAUUCCGGUUUUCUUCUGGAAUAGAACGGCUUAUUACCAGUAUGAGUGGUUUUUGCCGGGUGAACCGGGGAGUUACUCGGUGUAUAUAGACCGGAAUGAUGUGAAGAAUGGGAAGUCUAUAAAGGGUGUUCUGAAAAAAAUUAGCAGAGAGGAGGUGAGGAAGAUGAGAGAGAAAGUGAUUGAUUACUUGCCCAAUAUAGUGUAUGGAAAGACCAGUGAGGGGUUGGAGGGUAUUAGGGAUGCAUUUGAUGUGGCUGUUGAGGGGGUGUUGAGUAGGGUGAAGGAGCAAGAGGAGACUGGGUAUAAGUGGAGGAACUGGAAAAAUGUAGAGCUAGCAGGUCUACCUAUAAUUAUUCUUAUGUUACGCAUGAAGAAGUCAGAGGUCUUGUUUUUGGAGAGAACUGAAAAACAGUGA